ACACACAAAAAUUAACCUGUAAUCAUAUGUGGUGAAUCUAUAAUCUAAAACAAAGAUUAUGUAAAUCUCAGAAUCUGAGCUGCUGAACUUCAAAGACUUGACUCAAUAAAUUCUUAAAUAUAUAAGAACUAGCAUGCCUAAGAAACCUAAUUUCAGCGGUUCUUCUUAAUUUGGUAUUUGCUUAGAGUCUGGAUUUUUGGGUUGAUUUGAACUUUUGAAUCAAGGGACAAAUUACCAUGUGGAGAUCGAGUUUCAGGAGACUUUGUCAUGAUUCAGGCCAAACCCUCGACUCUAGGACUGAACCCCGCUACAACAAUUCAGUUGUUGGCAGAGGAGGACUCAGUUCUGCUCCCCGUCACCACCGGCGCUCCUCCGCCGGAGGAGGUGGUGCUGAAGGAACCAUUUAUAUAUUCUGUGUCAAAAAGUUAACGUAGGAAGUGUGAUUGGGAGGUCUGGGAGUGUCAUUAAUGCCAUUGAGCGCACAGGGGCCUGGAUCAAUGUUCAUGAGUUGAUUCCGGGGCAUGAAGAGAGGAUUAUUGAGGUUUUUGAUACGCGAAGGCAGGACCUGGACAGACCUAUACCGGAGUUUUACCCUGCUCAGGAAGCAUUGUUCUUGAUACAUGACCGGAUUUUGGAGAUCGAUGGGCGAAAUGUGGGGUCUGGGGAUCAUGUAAACCCAGAGUCUGGGCAUUGGGGCUGUGGUGGGAAUGGUAACAGGAUGAUAACAAGGCUGGUGGUGCAGCGAAUGCAUGUGGGGAGUUUGAUAGGCAGGGGAGGGACAGUAAUGGAACGAAUGAAGAUUGAGACUCAUACCCAUAUUAGGGUUUUACCCACAAAUCGCCAUUCGCCACGUUGUGUGGCAACAUCGGAAGAGAUUGUUCAGGUUGUCGGUUAUAAGAAUGCUGUGAAACAUGCUAUACGAAUAAUAUCCACAUUCUUGAGAGAGAGCCAACUUCAUUAUGGAAACCAUUUCCAUUAUCGGCUAAAUUCACAUCUGCAUUUAUCCUCUACCAGUGAUGCAUUAAUUCCACACAUGAAUAGUAGGGCAAGAAGAUCAUCUGUUGAAGGGUCUAAUCUUGGUUCAGAGUCUUCUUCAGUUUCCAUGAGAAAUAUCACAUUCUCCCAUUCAUAUGGAGACGUCUUUGAAUCUGAACCUGCUCCAGCACAAAAUGCACACUCAUUUUCUGGUGAGGGCAUAGUGUUUCGUAUACUUUGCCCAGCUGACAAGGUUGAUAGUCUUGUUGGAGAGUCAAAUGGGAUUGUUGAUUUGCUCCAAAAUAAAGUUGGUGUUGAUGUCAAGGUUUCUGAUCCUGUUGAUGGCAUAGAUGAGCGUGUAAUUAUUAUUUCAUCUGAUGAGGAUCUUGAUGACGAGAUGUUUCCUGCUCAAGAAGCUUUGAUGCAUAUUCAGACCCGUAUUGUUGAUUUUGUUCAAGGAAAAGAAAAUUUUAUUAUUACCCGGUUACUUCUGCAAUCAAAUGAAGCUGGAUGCUUACGGUUAAAAGAUAGAACAUUACCUGAGAUGAGGAAAAUGACAGGUGCAAACAUAGAGAUUCUGCCCAGAGAAGACGUUCCACUAGGUAUAUCGGGGUCCUACGAGAUUGUACAGGUUUGUCUCUUUACAUGCUUGUAAAUUCUAGAAGACGUGUU